AUGGCGUGUUCCUUUGAAGAACUAGGUUAUGCUGUAACGCCUAUGCUAGUAGCUCCGUUUCAUGCGGAAAAAUGUUGUGAAGCUCCCCCUAUUUGUUACCCUUGCUUACCUCGAUGCCCCAAAGGCCAAAUUAUUUACUGUUGUGAAAAGCCGUUGCAAAAAUGUUCACGAACUUCAGACAGGAAUUAUGAAGACUGUUGUAAUGAAAAACCUAAGAAAUUGGUGCCCCCGCCAGUAACGUGCAAUGAACAAGCUCCAUGUCCUCGUCAUGAACAGUACUGUCCUCCAUGCCACGAUCACUGUAAACCAGUCAAGACAAAAUAUGUAAUUCCUUGCUACCGUUACGAAGAUGGUAGAAUAGAACGCUAUGUUCCAACUCGCCACGGUAGGCUCCCCAUGUCGGCUUACCGUAGAAAUGGCGUGCAAGAUCAAAUUCAUGGUUAUAGAGGCGCAAUAAGAUAUUUAUGCGCUGGAAGUGAAAAUAACGAAUGUUUUGUUUACACUGCCAUUGAACCUAUUCGUAGAUUAUACCCGAAAAUUACACAGGAAAUGUUACCUGUGUACCCAAUACCUUCAAGUGCAUUGAAAAGAAAUGGACUUCAAGACUAUCACUUUAAUGAAAGCGGUGGAGUAGGGUAUAUUAGAAAAUGUUGGACCAAGGCAAUGUGGGCUGAUGCUCCAUUUGCCAUACCUAUAAAACCUAUGAAGAAACUCCCCGUGCGAAAACUACCAGUUUCUGCAUUCAAGCGCAAUGGCAUGCAAGAUCAGGAACACUCUAAGUUACUUGGUACUACAAAUUUCCUUCAGCGAUGCCCUAGAGACGUUUCUAUAGAAUGUGAUGAGACCCCAGCGCCAGUCAAAACUAACGACCCCUUAAAAGUAAAUCAACCUACGAUUCUGAUGCGUCGUGCCUGUGAAGUGGCAGUAGGUGCUCGACCUAGGAGAAAACCUUUCGUAACCUCAUCAUAUUGUGCAGACUCUGAAGAAGAAGUUCACCGAUACAUGUCUCAAGAUGAACGGGGUAAUUGUUGUUACCACUUUGAGAAAAAGAAACACAAUGAACCCCCCGAUUGCUGUCAUAUGUCUAAAUCGUGUCCUCAUUGUCGUGGAGAAAGCGUACGUGCAAAGAUGUUGCCAUCUCCGAAAAACUGUUACUAUUAUUGUUGUUAA